AUGCGGUGUGCUUGCAAGGACGGGUCAACCGCAGAUGCAGUCAUAACCGUUGAGCCUCUCAAUGCCCUCGCUUUCGGUGGUCCGUCUGGAUCUGGUCAAGGGAUGGGCCUGGCAAUCGACACCCCAGACACGGACACUCUCACUCACUCUCUGCACAAAUCUUGA